AUGCCCAAUGCGGCCACACAACACAGCAUCCGCAUCACAAAACGAGAUAUUGUCAAGCUGCUCGGAGAAGACAGCAAGCAACCGGCGCCCGGAGGCCAUCCCUCUGUCCUGGUGGACCGGCAGAGCGCAGCAUUCGCGCCGAACUUGGUUGGUGCCAUGGCAACAUGUGUCGAGAGAGAGCAAGACAGGAAGGAUAUCGAGCUUUGGUGCGUGCUAGGAACAAUUGCUGGGAGUGCUGCAGGUGCAGAGAGAGGGGCGGUCGCAAUCUUUUCUGUAUGA